AUGGCGCUGCAAAUCCCGGCGAGGUCCGGCCCUGGGGCAAGGGGGGAGGUUAGGGGAAAGAAGGAGGAAGUCCCUGCGCACCUUUUGGUGGGCUUGGAUCGGUGGGGGAAGGUCGGGAAGGUGCUCGACGGCAGUGUACAGGGAGCGGCAGCGGAGGUUCAAUGGCGGCGAGGUUCUCCGGUGAGGGAUUGGCGACAAGGGAAGGCUGGUGAGCUUCGCGAGCCCAAGGUGGAGCUCGCUAGGGGGUCGAGAGGGUCGGAAAAGGUCUGGAGCGGCGUGUUCACGGCGGUGUCUAGCUCACCGGAGUUCGGGCGGCGGCAGUGGUGUUCUGGGGGCUCUGGGCUGGGAGCUAGCGAGUACCCUAUUGUAAUUGAUGAUAUAUGGGAUACAAAAUCAUGGGAGACCAUAAAGCUUGCCCUACCGAGCAAAAAAUAUGACAGCAGAGUGAUCACCACGACACGUAGCACUGAUGUUGCAUCAUGCUUCCAAGGUGGUAAUGUUUACCACAUGAAAUCUCUUAGUUUUGAGGACUCCAAAAGGCUACUUUUUAAAAGAGCAUUUGGUGAUGCAAAUUUAAGAUUUACAGACUUGGACAGUGUUUCAGAUGAGAUAUUAAGAAAAUGUGAUGGUUUGCCAUCGGCGAUUAUUACUAUAUCUAGCAUGUUAGCUGAUAAACAUGCAAAAACUGAAUGGGACAGGGUGUUAAAUGAUAUUGGCUCCACACUUGCAAAGAAUCCGGGUGCAGAGAAGAUGACAACAAUAUUAUCUAUGAGUUACUUUGAUAUCCCUCGCCAUCUAAGAACUUGUUUGUUGUACUUGAGUGUGUUCCCAGAAGAUUACAGGAUCGAGAAACAAUGUGUAAUCAAUAGAUGGAUUGCAGAAGGGUUCAUUCAUGAGGAAGAAAGGCGAACUAAAUAUGAAAUAGGUGAGGGUUAUUUUAAUGAUCUCAUCAAUAGAAGCAUGAUCCAACCAGUUGAUGUAGUGUAUGGUCAGGCAAAGGCAUGCCGAGUUCAUGACAUCAUUCUUGACUACAUCAAAUGCAAGGCUGCUGAAGAGAAUUUUGUAAUUUCAUUUGAUGCUGCAGAGCAUGUAUACACUACAAAAUGCAAGGUUCGUAGGCUUUGCAUCAGCAAACACACUGGAGAAAAUGUUACCAUAUGGGAAGACCUGACGUUAUCUCACGUUCGAUCAGUUACUAUAUUUGGACAGCCCAUGAAAACCACUUUGUUGCCUUCCGCUGCUCUUCGUGUGUUGGAUCUGGGAGGUUGCAGGGGCAUACAAGACCAUCAUCUUGCAAGUAUUGAAACUCUAUUUCAUCUCAGGUACUUGCGUCUCUCCUCACAUUCAAUAACUAAGCUGCCAGAGAAAAUAGGAGAACUGCAAUAUCUGCAAACACUGGAUGUACGAGGUACCAACAUUGAAGAGCUUCCAUCCACUAUCACCAAACUACAACGAUUGGCACAUUUAUAUGUUGAUUGGGACAUUAGAUUUGGGUGCCUGAAUGGUGCUUCUGAUUUGGGAAUCCAACACCUCUCCGCUCUCAGCAAGGUUGAGGUACAUAUUUAUGGCAACUGCAAAAGUGACAGCAACUACGAUCCAACAAAAGAUAAGAAUGGUGGCGCUGUCAGAUGGGUUGCAAGUGCCAUACUGCCAUUAAUGGUGCCAUCAUGA